GGGGGGGUGUUGGAGUCGCGCGGGGACGCGAGAGAGGAAGGAGGAAAAAAAAACUCAACCAUCAUCAACUCGCUGGCGGAGCGGGGUCACGAACUAUGACCUUUAACAGAAGAAAACCAAAACAAAUAUUUUAUAAAAUAGCAGAGCGCCCUAAAUCUGUGACCGCCAGUUCCUGGAGACCUCACUGAUGACUUUACUUCAUCAUGACGUCCAACCUGAAUCUGCUUUCCCAGCAGAAAGUGGAUUCUGAGCAUGAGGCAGAGGUGUCAUCCUCUCCAUCAGACUCAGUGAUGAGUGAGUCUCCGCAGCGCUUUCAGGUCAUCUCGACUGAGCCCUCUACACCACAGCGAAUUCAGAUUGUAACCGACCAGCAGACCGGUCAGAAGAUCCAGAUAGUGACAGCAAUGAACCCAUCCAGUGCCCCCAAGCAACAGUUCAUUCUGACUACAGCUGACAGCUCAGGGGCAGGAAAGGUCAUCCUGGCCUCACCAGACAGUCACAACGCCAAACAGCUCAUCUUCACUGCUGCAGACAGCCUCGUGCCAGGAAGAAUACAGAUUGUUACAGAUCCAGUGUCAAUGGAACGGUUGUUAGGACAGUCAGGAGAUUUGAGCCGACCACAGCCGGUGGAGUACUGUGUGGUGUGCGGAGACAAGGCUUCAGGACGUCACUAUGGAGCCGUCAGUUGUGAAGGAUGUAAGGGCUUUUUUAAGCGGAGUGUGAGGAAGAAUCUGACUUACAGCUGUCGCAGUAAGCAGGACUGCGUCAUCAACAAACACCACCGCAAUCGCUGCCAAUUCUGUCGGUUGAGAAAAUGCCUUAAGAUGGGGAUGAAGACUGAGUCUGUCCAGAGUGAGAGGAAACCCAUCGACAUAGUGCCCAGAGAGAGGCAUGCCAACUGUGCUGCCUCCACCCAAAAGAUCUACAUUCGUAAGGACCUAAACAGUCCACUCAUCGCCACACCUACGUUUAUCUCCGAUACAGAGACAGAUGGAUCCAGGUCCAGCUUGCUGGACCAGGGGAUGCUGGUUAACAUCCAGCAGCCGGUGAUCCAGAGUGAUGGAACUUUGGUGCUGGCAACUGAUUCAAAGAUGGAUUGUGGGCAGGGAGACUUGGGGACGCUAGCCAACGUUGUGACAUCACUGGCCAACCUAAGUGACUCACUAAAAGAAAACCUAAACAAUGGUGAUACCUCAGACAGCCAACAUGAAGAGCAGUCUGCCAGCGAGAUAACACGUGCCUUUGACACCCUGGCCAAAGUCUUCAACCCACCUGAAGUCGGGGUUGAAGACAGUCUGACUGAUAAGUCACAAUGUGUCAGUGGAACAACGAUCCAGCUGAUUGGUCGAGACCAGGAGACCCCUAUUAUAGAGGUGGAAGGACCACUGCUCACAGACAGCCAUGUCAGCUUUAAACUGACCAUGCCCAGCCCCAUGCCCGAGUAUCUGAAUGUACACUACAUCUGUGAAUCUGCAUCUAGACUUCUCUUCCUCUCCAUGCACUGGGCACGCUCAAUCCCAGCCUUCUCAGCUCUCGGUCAGGAGGCAAACACCAGUUUGGUACGAGCCUGUUGGAACGAGCUGUUCACUCUGGGUCUUGCUCAGUGCGCUCAUGUGAUGAACCUGUCGACCAUCCUUGCAGCCAUCAUCAACCACCUUCAAAGCAGCAUCCAGGAUGACAAACUGUCAGGGGAAAGGGUGAAACAGGUGAUGGAGCAUAUCUGGAAGUUCCAGGAGUUCUGUAACAGCAUGACAAGAUUGGAGACCGACAGCUAUGAAUACGCCUACCUGAAGGCUAUAGUGUUGUUCAGCCCAGAUCACCCAGGUGUGGAUAGCAGUGGGCAGAUUGAGAAGUUCCAGGAGAAAGCUCUGAUGGAGCUACAGGACUAUGUGCAGAAAACAUAUCCAGAUGACACCUACAGGCUGACACGUAUUCUGACUCGUCUGCCUGCACUGCGCCUCAUGAACUCAAGCAUCACAGAGGAGCUCUUCUUCACUGGCUUAAUAGGAAAUGUUUCUAUUGACAGCAUAAUUCCUUACAUCCUCAAGAUGGAGACGGCUGAGUAUAACAGCCAGGACUCUGACUCUACAGAAUGACACGCCAUCACUCCAAGCACCCUGACUCUCAGAGUUUGAAGUAUUUAGUGAGUCUCCUCUUCAGGUACACACUUUCUCUUGUAAGGAUUGUAUUUUUGAACUGCAGUACUAAAUCCUGCAGCAGGCCCUUGUUUUCAGUGAUGCAUAGUGCAAAGUCAUUCAGGUAGAUUGAGAUGGAAUGGCAUUGGACAGCCUGGAUGGCUGGGGAUGCUUCCUGAAGCUGAUGCAGUCAGUCCUAUUGAACUAAGUAACAGAAUCUUCUGCAUCUACAGCUGUGCUCUUUAAUGUCUUUAUAGCACUUGACCUAACCCUUUCAAAUUCCGUUACAUUUGUCUAGGUUUGCAUAACUUCCAGAAAGUCCAGAAUCUAAAAGUAACAUUAAAAGAAAUCCUGCAUGUGAAAAAGAUCUUUAAAAGCCUCUUUAGAGUGGAGGACAUCUGUUCACUUUAAAGCUGGGAAGUUUUUUUGAACAUCAGCGCAGUAAAAUUGGCAUGUUUCUGAUACAGGCCAUUAAAAGAAUUGAGUUUUCAAUAUGUAUGGAAAAGAGCUUUUGUUAAUUUUGACACAACUGAAAUUAAAAUGGAGUUGUUCAAUGAGUUAAAUCUGAAUUAUAGUUAGACAAACUCAGUCAGGUAUAUAAAGGUACAAACUCUCAGUUAUGUCCUCCAUUAGUAAGUAUUCAUAGCAUGUCAUAGUAUUGAUCAAGCUCAUAGCGCAUAAUCAGCUCAGUGCACCACCUCUCUUUUAGUUUCGCUUUUACAAUAACAAAAGUUUCAUAAGUCAAGUUAGCCAUUUAAAUUGAGGAGCUUAUGUUGUUUCUUAUACUGAACGACAUCUCAGAGGUUUUUUAUGUGCUUGUGUUUCUAUGUGGUACAAUUAUUUUUAGGUUAUUAUGAGUAUGUUCCUCAUAUAAUCCGUGCAAUCACCUCAUCAAUUUUCCCUUUUAUGACAAUCAAUUACAUAUUGUUUCCUUCUGUCCUGUCAGUGUCAUAACCAUUCUUCUUUAUCUUCAUUUUUUACAGUAUUUAUCAUCAGCUAAAUAUUUCUUUUAAGGAAUUAGAUUACCUUAAAUGUUUGGGUUUAAAAAUCUGACUUAUGUGUAGCUAUGCUACUGUUUUUUAUGUUUGCAUUUGUAUUCUCGUGCACAUCAAUCAGCUUUUGUGGUGUUUCAUCGCACUCAUGCUGACUAAAACUUUGUGUUUUGUAUGUUUUCUAAAAACUUUAACUUGUUGUAAACAAAUUUGCUCGUUGCAUACUAAGUGUACUUAAAGUACUUUUGGGCAGGUUUCCCUGAUUUAAAAGAAAAAAUGGAGAAAAAAAAAUUAAGAUUUUCUGGGAAGCCAGUCCCGAGUGCAUUGAUGUCUUGGAGACGACGUAGGAGAUAUGCAUUGGCUUACCUUCUUAUAUUAUGGUUCUGAAUAGGCAUCCACAGCAACAUGAAUGAUAAUGGGUGUAUAAAUAAGUCAGCUAUGAUUAUGUCUUUGUGAAGUACAUGUCAGAUGUAAUAUUUGGGUUUAAAACCCAUACGGACUGUUCGUAAAGGCACUGGUGAGAAAAGACCUUCGUACAUGUAAUUUCAUUAAAAUGAGUGCAUGUUGUUUUGAAGCAGGGUUUUAUAAUCUUGUCGCUGUUUGCCCUAAAAAGGAGCAUUGUUAUAAUUUUUCUAGAGCAUUGCAAUGCAUGCAAAAGUUGCUUAAGCGCAUUUUAUUAAAUGCUGUAUGGAAAAUGUGGAUUUAAAUGUUGUGGCUUUAAAAUAUUUACCAUGAGCAGCUCCCACAUUACAGGAUAUUAGAGGAGUUUUUCCAGAGUAUCUUAUGGUUAAAAUUUUAUACUGUGUAAAAGUACUGUUUUUUUUCCUUAUGUAAAAUGUCUGUGUUCAAACAUUGAGAUUGAGAAAAUCAGAAAAUCAUUCAUGUUUUGCUCGAGUUGGUCACAACCCUACCUUUCUACCUCACGCUGAAAAAGAUAUAAAAGAAAUGUGUUAAUGACUGAGUCCCGCAUCAGCAUUCCAGUCUCUGAGGCCAGCUUCUCUGAAGCUACGCAUUUUAAACAAAAUAAACAGUUAUUCAUGAAAUAAAA